CAAUUUGCGAGCGUCUCCGAGGUCAAGCCAAGGUACACGCCGUCACUAAAUUGCUAGAUUAAAUUACCGACAACCAAUAAUUCAUAAAAAUGGUAGAUGGAGAUAACGAAGAUAGUGGCGAGGACUUUAUGCCAAAUAAAUUCAUCAAACUACCAUCAUUAAAAGUGAAUGAAUUUGGUAAAAAUAGUAUCUCAACCUCAACAGCAGUAUCAGAUGCUGGAAAUUCAAAAGAUGAUAAUGAUAUUAUUUCUGAUGAUGAUGAAGAUAUCAUUCGAUCAAGACACAAAAAACCGAGACAAAUUGAUUAUACCGAUGACGAUGAGGACGAUCAUGAAGUUGCUGAUUUAACUGAUUCAAUGGCUCGGUGUCAAUCACCAUCAGCAUCAUCAUCAUCAUCAAAUAUAAUGUCACCCAGUGAAAGUAGUAUCACCACAUCAAUAUCAGAUGAUGAAACUAUAAAAGAUAGUGAUAAUGACAGUGAUAUUAUUUAUGAUGAUGAAUGUUCAAUUGAUCCAAGAAAAAUAACACCAAGACAAAUAAAUAAUACCGAUGGUGACAAUAAUUUUGCUGAUUUAAUUGAUCCAAUGGCUCGUUGUCAAUCACCAUCAUCAUCAUCAUCAAACAUAAAGUCUUCCAGUAAAAGAUAAAUAUUUUUUUUUUUUUUAAUUUAACAUAAAAAAUACGUCAUCUUUUUUAUAUCAAGGAUGUAUUUAAUUAGUUUUUACACAAAGUAUAUAAGCCUUCAAUUUUUUAUUUUUAUUCUUUUGGGCUAAGUGGAAUCAUCAGUUUUUCUCUACCAAUGAUGUUUUUUUUUUUUUUUUUUAUCUAACUAUUCUUCAGCUCACAAAAAAAAAAUACAAAAAUGUCUUAAAUUUUAUUUUUAGAGUUUGAAUAAAAUAUAAAGAUAUAUAUUUAUUUGAAAUAUCAUAAAUUCAAGAUUUGGAAUGAGAAUUUUAGGUUGUUACCUUAUAAAAACCUGUUUUAUUUAAUGAAAAAAAAUAAUUUAGUUAUUCACCAAUCAAGAGGCACGGUAGUGCCUCGAGUCAAGUAUGAGAAAGAAAAGUAUGUGUCUGAUGAGAAUAUGUGUGAGAUGAGAUUAACUACUACUACCGUGCCUUAUUAUACAUCAAAUAUUUUGUCCCCUUCCGUCGCGAAUCUAUUAGAAAUUUAAUUAAAAUAUGAUAGACUUGAAUGAGGCUGCUGAGGUUUGGUAAUGAUCCCAUAAAUCGAUGUCGAGCUUUUUUUUUUUAAAAAAAUCAGAUUUUUCCGUUGCAGUAAUAUAUAUCUAAAGCAUAAUUGAUAUUUACGGUCUUUUCGUUUUUCUCAAAUCGACUACAUUUUGUUCGUUCAGUUGGUAUGGUAUAAAACUUUACAAGGGUGAUGCCAUAUUGGCUGCACUGCAGAAUUUUAUUUUAUUAUUUUUCAUAACCUCCAGAAUACGUGGUUGAACUGUCAUGUUAAACGUCAAAAAAAAAAAA